GCUAGAGGCAAUGCUUUGGAAAAAUGUACUUGGUUCAAGAUUCAAGACAGCAGAAGAAUAUACUUGGUUCAAGUAGGAAGUUGGGACAGACGGGUCAAAGCUCCAACUCCAAUGAUGUCAAGGUGGGAAACAAAAAACAUGCUCCUAUGAAGAAGCAGACUCC